AUGAGGCUCCUCCUGCCCGUGGGUUUGAUCGCCACCGCCCUGGCCGCUGCCCCCGUCCGCUUCGAUGGGGACAAGGUCCUCCGUGUGAAGCUGCAGGAUGGAAAACAAGCAAACGUCAUCAAGGACUUAGCCAAGACCAGCCAGCUUGACUUCUGGUAUCCAGACGCCACCCACCAGGUCGCUGCUGACAUGACGGUGGAUUUCCGAAUCAAUGCAAAGGAAUCCCAGCUGGUUGAGUCUGCGCUGGAUCAAAAUCAAAUGCACUAUGAAAUCUUGAUUCACGAUGUACAAGAAGAGGUUGAAAAACAGUUUGAUGUUAAAGAAGAUAACCCAGGCAGGCACAGCUAUGCAAAAUACAAUAACUGGAACAAGAUUGCUGCUUGGACUGAAAAAAUGGUGCGUAAGCAUCCUAAAAUGGUCUCUCGCAUCAAAAUUGGAACUACUGUUGAAGAUAAUCCACUAUAUGUUCUCAAGGUUGGGGGGAAGGAUGAAAGAAGAAAGGCUAUUUUCAUGGACUGUGGUAUUCACGCACGCGAAUGGAUCGCCCCAGCCUUCUGCCAGUGGUUUGUCUAUCAGGCAACCAAAACUUAUGGUAAAAACAAGAUUAUGACUAAACUCCUGGACCGGAUGAAUUUUUAUGUUCUUCCUGUAUUCAAUGUUGAUGGAUAUAUUUGGUCAUGGACACAGAACCGCAUGUGGAGAAAAAACCGUUCCAGGAAUCAAAAUUCCAAAUGCAUUGGAACUGACCUCAACAGAAACUUUAAUGUCUCAUGGAACUGUCUCCCUAACACCAGUGAUCCCUGCCAGGAGAUCUAUCGGGGUCCUGCACCAGAGUCCGAGAAAGAGACCAAAGCCGUCCGCGACUUCAUUCGAAGCCACCUAAAGUCAAUCAAGGCCUACAUCACCUUCCAGUCGUACUCCCAGAUGCUGCUGUUUCCCUACGGGUAUACAUCAGAACUGCCAGCGAACCACGAGGACCUGGCCAAAGUUGCCAAGAUCGCCACUGAUGUUCUAUCAACUCCAUAUGACACCCACUACACCUAUGGCCCAAUAGCAUCAACAAUUUACCCAACAUCAGGUUCUUCAUUAGACUGGGCUUACAACCUGGGCAUCAAACACUCAUUUGCCUUUGAGCUCCGAGAUAAAGGAAGAUUUGGUUUUCUCCUUCCAGAAUCUCAGAUAAAGCCAACGUGUAAAGAGACCAUGCUAGCUGUCAAAUUUAUUGCCAAGUAUAUCCUCAAGCAUACUUCAUAA